AUGAUCAGAAUUGCACUCCUCGGUGCAGGCAACUUUGUACGCGAUGAGCAUUUGCCAGCUAUCCAAGCUUGCGACGUAUUUGACCUCAAGGCCGUCUACUCACGCUCACAAGCCUCCGCUCAAGCUGUAGCGUCCGAAGCAAAGUCUCCGGUAGAUAUAUACUAUGACAGCCCAGAAAUGCAGGGUGUUUCUCUAGAAGACUUGCUACAAAGGAAAGACAUAUCGGCUGUCAUCGUCUGUCUGCCGAUCAUUAUCCAGCCAGAUGUUAUCCGGAAAGCGAUUGAGGCAGGCAAACACGUUCUCAGCGAGAAACCCAUCGCUAAGGAUCUCGCAACUGGUGUUUCUCUGCUGGAUUGGUACAGAUCACAAAGCAAUCCACCUAUCUGGAGCGUCGCGGAGAACUUUCGAUUUAUCAAGCCUCUGGAGUAUGGCGCGGAGAAGCUGAGAGAGAUUGGAGGGCAGGUGGUGACAUUCCGCUCCAACUUCUAUACAUUAAUUAAGGAUGAUGAUAAGUAUUUCAAUACGGAAUGGCGCAAGGUUCCUCAAUACCAAGGUGGCUUCCUCCUUGACGGCGGCGUGCACUUCGUGGCGGGGCUGAGAUAUAUGCUAGCGGCUGUGGGCGAAGAUAUCAAAUACUUAGCUGCGUUUACCAGUCUGCAGAAGAAAAAACUUCCGCCAGUUGACACUCUGCACGGAGUAGCGAAGACACAAAACGGCGCCGGAAUCCUCUGCCUCUCCUAUGGAACCGAGUACAAGUCUGGAGUCGAGCUCGAGGUCGUUACCGACAACGGUUCCGUGACGUGGAACGGGCCGACAGUGACCAUUACGAUGAAGUCUAGCAGUGGAGAAAAGGCGGAGCAGUCGAAGGAUUUCUCGUACGACUCGGGUGUCACAGCUGAGGUUGCGGCUUUUGGACACAGUAUAAACGCUGGUAAAGCUGAUCCACGACAGACGCCUAUAGAAGCGCUGAAGGACUUGGAAGCACUUCAAAAACUUCUUCUAUCAGGAGAAUCUAAUGGACAUGUACAAAGUGUCGAGCUCUAG